AUGAAUGUUGUGAUCCUGCAGGAAUCAUGUUGGGAUCAGUGGUUGUAGGAAUAGGCAUCGCAGGAAGUGUGCGAAUGAGAGAUUUACUCGCUCCUCUGCCGUCCAGCGCUGCUGAGAAGUUCAGCAUCAAGGGCUUUGUGUCCAGGAGGAGUCUUGAAGAUCAGCAGGGUGUGAAGCAGAUCUCAAUGACGGAGGCGUUGAGCAGAGAUGACAUCCAUGUGGCGUUCAUAUGCACGGAGAACACCAGCCACGAAGAGCACAUCAGGCAGUUUCUGGAGGCGGGAAAGCAUGUGUGUGUUGAGUAUCCUGUAACCCUCAGCUACAUGUCUGCCGUGGAUCUGUGGAAUCUGGCUCAGCAGAAGGGUCUGGUGCUUCAUGAAGAACAUAUUGAACUCCUCACUCCUGACUUUAAACAGCUGAAAAAAGACAUAGCUGGGAAAACUCUGGAGGAGGGAACGCUGCGUUUCACAGGUGGGUCCAUGAAGCCAAAUUUUGGGUUCCUGUCUUUCAGCGGUAUUUCCAGACUGACCUGGUUGGUUGAUCUUUUCGGGGAGCUCACGGUUACAGCAGCAUCUCUGGUGGAGGAGAAAGAGAACAAAUACAUGAAGAUGACAGCGCACUUACUGACCCCACAGCAGAAGCCUCUAACUUGGAUUGAAGAGCGGGGUCCAGGACUGGGCAGAGCCAAACACAUAGAUCUUCGCUUCCAGGAUGCCAGCAUCACGGAGCUUCCUGCAGGUCAGCGGGAGCCGGUCGGUCUGUUCAUGCAGGAUCUGGUGCUGUUCGGCCGGAAGCUGCAGGGUGAAGUGUGUGCCGCGGAGCUCCAGGACGAGAGGAGCAGGAUCUUACACUGUCUGCAGCUGGCUGACCGCAUCCAGCAGCUCAGUGAACACACUCAGGCCUGAAGCUGAACCUCUCCACACUGCAUCUUCUCUAAAGAAGAAGAAGGGAGUCAUUUAACCCACUGUGAGCAUGAGUGCAGUCUUUCCCUGUGUGGAAUAGUGGAAAGUAGACUGUGGCGUAAAGACAUGACUAGAGUGGAAAAUAAUAUUAAAAUAAUGAAAC